CUAGAGGACUAGACACAGGUGCGGGCGGGGCAGGCCGCGCUCAGCAGGAGGGGCGGGAGCCGCGUGCGCCCGAGGACCCGGCCGGAAGGCUUGCGCCAGCUCAGGAUGAGGACAGGCUGGGCGACCCCUCGCCGCCCGGCGGGGCUCCUCAUGCUGCUCUUCUGGUUCUUGGAUCUCGCAGAGCCCUCUGGCCGCGCAGCUAAUGACCCCUUCACCAUCGUUCAUGGAAAUACGGGCAAGUGCAUCAAGCCAGUGUAUGGCUGGAUAGUAGCAGACGACUGUGAUGAAACUGAGGACAAGUUAUGGAAGUGGGUGUCCCAGCAUCGGCUCUUUCAUUUGCACUCCCAAAAGUGCCUUGGCCUAGAUAUUACCAAAUCGGUAAAUGAGGUGAGAAUGUUCAGCUGUGACUCCAGUGCCAUGAUGUGGUGGAAAUGUGAGCACCACUCUCUGUACGGAGCUGCCCGGUACCGGCUGGCUCUGAAGAAUGGACAUGGCACAGCAAUCUCAAAUGCAUCUGAUGUCUGGAAGAAAGGAGGCUCAGAGGAAAGCCUUUGUGACCAGCCUUAUCAUGAGAUCUAUACCAGAGAUGGGAACUCCUACGGGAGACCUUGUGAAUUUCCAUUCUUAAUUGAUGGGACCUGGCAUCAUGAUUGCAUCCUUGAUGAAGAUCAUAGUGGGCCAUGGUGUGCCACCACCUUAAAUUAUGAACAUGACCGAAAGUGGGGCAUCUGCUUAAAGCCUGAAAAUGGUUGUGAAAAUAAUUGGGAAAAGAACGAGCAGUUUGGAAGUUGCUACCAAUUUAAUACUCAGACGGCUCUUUCUUGGAAAGAAGCUUAUGUUUCAUGUCAGAAUCAAGGAGCUGAUUUACUGAGCAUCAACAGUGCUGCUGAAUUAACUUACCUUAAAGAAAAAGAAGGCAUUGCUAAGAUUUUCUGGAUUGGUUUAAAUCAGCUAUACUCUGCUAGAGGCUGGGAAUGGUCCGACCACAAACCAUUAAACUUUCUCAACUGGGAUCCAGACAGGCCCAGUGCACCUAUCAUAGGUGGCUCCAGCUGUGCAAGAAUGGAUGCUGAGUCUGGUCUGUGGCAGAGCUUUUCCUGUGAAGCUCAACUGCCCUAUGUCUGCAGGAAACCAUUAAAUAAUACAGUGGAGUUAACAGAUGUCUGGACAUACUCAGAUACCCGCUGUGAUGCAGGCUGGCUGCCAAAUAAUGGAUUUUGCUAUCUGCUGGUAAAUGAAAGUAAUUCCUGGGAUAAGGCACAUGCGAAAUGCAAAGCCUUCAGUAGUGACCUAAUCAGCAUUCAUUCUCUAGCAGAUGUGGAGGUGGUUGUCACAAAACUCCAUAAUGAGGAUAUCAAAGAAGAAGUGUGGAUAGGCCUUAAGAACAUAAACAUACCAACUUUAUUUCAGUGGUCAGAUGGUACUGAAGUUACUCUAACAUAUUGGGAUGAGAAUGAGCCAAAUGUUCCCUACAAUAAGACGCCCAACUGUGUUUCCUACUUAGGAGAGCUAGGUCAGUGGAAAGUCCAAUCAUGUGAGGAGAAACUAAAAUAUGUAUGCAAGAGAAAGGGAGAAAAACUGAAUGACGCAAGUUCUGAUAAGAUGUGUCCUCCAGAUGAGGGCUGGAAGAGACAUGGAGAAACCUGUUACAAGAUCUACGAGGAUGAGGUCCCUUUUGGAACAAACUGCAAUCUGACUAUCACUAGCAGAUUUGAGCAAGAAUACCUAAAUGAUUUGAUGAAAAAGUAUGAUAAAUCUCUAAGAAAAUACUUCUGGACUGGCCUGAGAGAUGUAGAUUCUCGUGGAGAGUAUAAUUGGGCAACUGUUGGUGGAAGAAGGUGGGCUGUAACCUUUUCCAACUGGAAUUUUCUUGAGCCAGCUUCCCCGGGCGGCUGUGUGGCUAUGUCUACUGGAAAGUCUAUUGGAAAGUGGGAGGUGAAGGACUGCAGAAGCUUCAAAGCACUUUCAAUUUGCAAGAAAAUGAGUGGACCCCUUGAGCCUGAAGAAGUAGCCCCUAAGCCUGAUGACCCCUGUCCUGAAGGCUGGCAGAGUUUCCCCGCAAGUCUUUCUUGUUAUAAGGUAUUCCAUGCAGAAAGAAUUGUAAGAAAGAGGAACUGGGAAGAAGCUGAACGAUUCUGCCAAGCCCUUGGAGCACACCUUUCUAGCUUCAGCCACGUGGAUGAAAUAAAGGAAUUUCUUCACUUUUUAACGGACCGGUUCAGUGGCCAGCGUUGGCUGUGGAUUGGUUUGAAUAAAAGGAGCCCAGAUUUACAAGGAUCCUGGCAAUGGAGUGAUCGUACACCAGUGUCUACUAUUAUCAUGCCAAAUGAGUUUCAACAGGAUUAUGACAUCAGAGACUGUGCUGCUGUCAAGGUAUUUCAUAGGCCAUGGCGAAGAGGCUGGCAUUUCUAUGAUGACAGAGAAUUUAUUUAUUUGAGGCCUUUUGCUUGUGAUACAAAACUUGAAUGGGUUUGCCAAAUUCCAAAAGGCCGUACUCCAAAAACACCAGACUGGUACAAUCCAGAGCGUGCUGGAAUUCAUGGACCUCCACUUAUAAUUGAAGGAAGUGAAUAUUGGUUUGUUGCUGAUCUUCACCUAAACUAUGAAGAAGCCGUCCUGUACUGUGCCAGCAAUCACAGCUUUCUUGCGACUAUAACAUCUUUUGUGGGACUAAAAGCCAUCAAAAACAAAAUAGCAAAUAUAUCUGGUGAUGGACAGAAGUGGUGGAUAAGAAUUAGCGAGCAGCCAAUAGAUGAUCAUUUCACAUACUCACGAUAUCCAUGGCACCGCUUUCCUAUGACAUUUGGAGAGGAAUGCUUGUACAUGUCUGCCAAGACUUGGUUUAUCGACUUAGGUAAACCAACAGACUGUAGUACCAAGUUGCCCUUCAUCUGUGAAAAAUAUAAUGUUUCUUCGUUAGAGAAAUACAGCCCAGAUUCUGCAGCUAAAGUGCAAUGUUCUGAGCAAUGGAUUCCUUUUCAGAAUAAGUGUUUUCUAAAGAUCAAACCAGUGUCUCUCACAUUUUCUCAAGCAAGCGAUACCUGUCACUCCUAUGGUGGCACGCUUCCUUCAGUGUUGAGCCAGAUUGAACAAGACUUUAUUACAUCCUUGCUUCCGGAUAUGGAAGCUACUUUAUGGAUUGGUUUGCGCUGGACUGCCUAUGAAAGGAUGAACAAAUGGACGGAUAACAGAGAGCUGACGUACAGUAACUUUCACCCAUUAUUGGUUAGUAGGAGGCUGAGAAUACCAGAAAAUUUUUUUGAGGAAGAGUCUCGCUACCACUGUGCCCUAAUACUCAACCUCCAAAAAUCACCGUUUACUGGGACAUGGAAUUUUACAUCCUGCAGUGAACGCCACUUUGUGUCUCUCUGUCAGAAAUAUUCAGAAGUUAAAGGCAGACAGACAUUGCAGAAUGCUUCAGAAACUGUAAAGUAUCUAAAUAAUCUGUACAAAAUAAUCCCAAAGACUCUGACUUGGCACGGUGCUCAAAGGGAGUGUCUGAAAAGUAACAUGCAGCUGGUAAGCAUCACGGACCCUUACCAGCAGGCAUUCCUCAGCGUGCAGGCGCUCCUUCACAACUCUUCCUUAUGGAUCGGACUCUUCAGUCAAGAUGAUGAACUCAACUUUGGUUGGUCAGAUGGGAAACGUCUUCAUUUUAGUCGCUGGGCUGAAACUAAUGGGCAACUUGAAGAUUGUGUAAUAUUAGACACUGAUGGAUUCUGGAAAACAGCUGAUUGCAAUGACAAUCAACCAGGUGCUAUUUGCUACUAUUCAGGAAAUGAGACUGAAAAAGAGGUCAAACCAGUCGACAGUGUUAAAUGUCCAUCUCCUGUUCUAAAUACUCCAUGGAUACCAUUUCAGAACUGUUGCUACAAUUUCAUAAUAACAAAGAAUAGGCACAUGGCAACAAUACAGGAUGAGGUUCAUUCUAAAUGCCAGAAACUGAAUCCAAAAUCACAUAUUCUGAGUAUUCGAGAUGAAAAGGAGAAUAACUUUGUUCUUGAGCAACUACUGUACUUCAAUUAUAUGGCUUCAUGGGUCAUGUUAGGAAUAACUUAUGGAAAUAAUUCUCUUAUGUGGUCUGAUAAGACCCCACUGUCAUAUACACAUUGGAGAGCAGGAAGACCAACUAUAAAAAAUGAGAAGUUUUUGGCUGGUUUAAGUACUGACGGCUUCUGGGAUAUUCAAACCUUUAAUAUUAUUGAAGAAACACUUUAUUUUCACCAGCACAGCAUUCUUGCUUGUAAAAUUGAAAUGGUUGACUACAAAGAAGAAUAUAAUACUACACUGCCACAGUUUAUGCCAUAUGAAGAUAGUAUUUACAGUGUUAUUCAAAAAAAGGUAACAUGGUAUGAAGCGUUAAACAUGUGUUCUCAAAGUGGAGGUCACUUGGCAAGCGUUCACAACCAAAAUGGCCAGCUCUUUCUGGAAGAUAUUGUAAAACGUGAUGGAUUUCCACUAUGGGUUGGGCUCUCAAGUCAUGAUGGAAGUGAAUCAAGUUUUGAAUGGUCUGAUGGUAGUACAUUUGACUACAUCCCAUGGAAAGGCCAAACAUCUCCUGGAAAUUGUGUUCUCUUGGAUCCAAAAGGAACUUGGAAACAUGAAAAAUGCAACUCUGUUAAGGAUGGUGCUAUUUGUUAUAAACCUACAAAAUCUAAAAAGCUGUCCCGUCUUACAUAUUCAUCAAGAUGCCCAGCAGCAAAAGAGAAUGGGUCACGGUGGAUCCAGUACAAGGGUCACUGUUACAAGUCUGAUCAGGCAUUGCACAGUUUUUCAGAGGCCAAAAAAUUGUGUUCAAAACAUGAUCACUCUGCAACUAUCAUUUCCAUAAAAGAUGAAGAUGAGAAUAAAUUUGUGAGCAGACUGAUGAGGGAAAAUAAUAACAUUACCAUGAGAGUUUGGCUUGGGUUAUCUCAACAUUCUGUUGACUGUCCUUCAUCUGCUUGGAUUCAGUUCCAAGACAGUUGUUACAUUUUUCUCCAAGAAGCCAUCAAAGUAGAAAGCAUAGAGGAUGUCAGAAAUCAGUGUACUGACCAUGGAGCGGACAUGAUAAGCAUACAUAAUGAAGAAGAAAAUGCUUUUAUACUGGAUACUUUGAAAAAGCAAUGGAAAGGCCCAGAUGAUAUCCUACUAGGCAUGUUUUAUGACACAGAUGAUGCCAGUUUCAAGUGGUUUGAUAAUUCAAAUAUGACAUUUGAUAAGUGGACAGACCAAGAUGAUGAUGAGGAUUUAGUUGACACCUGUGCUUUUCUGCACAUCAAGACAGGUGAAUGGAAAAAAGGAAAUUGUGAAGUUUCUUCUGUGGAAGGAACACUAUGCAAAACAGCUAUCCCAUACAAAAGGAAAUAUUUAUCAGAUAACCACAUUUUAAUAUCAGCAUUGGUGAUUGCUAGCACGGUAAUUUUGACAGUUUUGGGAGCAAUCAUUUGGUUCCUGUACAAAAAACAUUCUGAUUCUCGUUUCACCACAGUUUUUUCAACCGCACCCCAAUCACCUUAUAACGAAGACUGUGUUUUGGUAGUUGGAGAAGAAAAUGAAUACCCUGUUCAAUUUGAGUAAGUUUUUUGUAAUCUUGUAUUAAGACAUCAACAAAAUGCCCUGGCAGAGAUAACUUGGGAUUUUAAUGUAAAACUUGACAUCGGAUAUUAGAGCUUUAAUGGUAUUCCUUAUUCCGGUAACAUUUUUAUGUACUCAUGUGUUGUGAAGAGUCUUUAGGUUCAUUAAAAAAACAGGUUUUAGCCGGGCGCGGUGGCUCACGCUUGUAAUCCCAGCACUUUGGGAGGCCGAGGCGGGUGGAUCACGAGGUCAGGAGAUCGAGACCACGGUGAAACCCCGUCUCUACUAAAAAUACAAAAAAAUUAGCCGGGCGUAGUGGCGGGCGCCUGCAGUCCCAGCUACUCGGAGAGGCUGAGGCAGGAGAAUGGCGUGAACCUGGGAGGCGGAGCUUGCAGUGAGCCGAGAUUGCGCCACUACACUCCAGCCUGGGCAACAGAGCGAGACUCCGUCUCAAAAAAAAAAAAAAAAAAACAGGUUUUAGAAAUGAUCUUAGAUCUAAUAUAGUGAUUUUAAGCAUCCCGUCAAAGGCAGAAUCUGUCACUUGAAUGAAGGAACGCUUAAAGCCCAAGAAGCAGAUAAAAGCCCAGCCUAUUUGUCUUGCCUGCUGUAUCUUCCCUUCUAUUUAGUUGACCCACUUGUUUAUACGCUUAUUAGUAAACACGAAAUGGGGAAUAAGUGAUUUUAAGUACAUCCCAUACAUUUAAAUAUCUUUGAUAAUUGUUUUUUUUUUUGGCAGAUAAUUCCUCUAGAACGUGUAUCUCCUUUUAUGAUUUAGAUGAAGAAAAUUUUACAACUUUUAACACCCCACACCAAUUUGUUUCAUUACUUUUACACACACCAUUUUAUCACAGAUGACUCAAGUUUUAAUGAAUGUUUAUAAAUCUUUUGAAACAAAAUAUGAUCGCUGUGUCUAGGAUGGCAUAGAGAAAGCUGGCAAUUAGGUUAACACAUAUAUUACAGUGCCCCUUUAAGGAUUUCUCUUGCCACCCUACCUUUCGUACUUUCCCUUAUACAAGAUAUAUCUCAUUCUCCUCAAGCAUUUAUAAAUUUUUCCUUCAAUGACAUGAAAACUGUGCAAGCAAAAACCGAAGCAAAACACUAAGUACGACUGUAGUGACAAUGAUCAAGGUUUUCAGUGCAUUUACUGUACAUUUUAAGAAAAAGGUGAAAAUCAUUUGGGGAGUAAAAAAAUGAAAAAGCUGAAACGAGUGAUUUUCCUCACCAUCAAUAAACCAAAAACAGGAAAGAUGAUAAAGAAUGUAUAAAUUUCACGUAAAUUAGUCAUGUAUCACUUACCAAUGGGGAUAUGUUCUAAGAAAUGCAUAGCUAGGGAAUCUUUUGUGAAAAUCAGCUUGUAUUUACACAAACCCAGAUGGUAGAGCCUAUUUUGUCCCAAACCUACACAGCAUGUUACUGUGCUGAAUACUGCAGACAACUGUAACACAAUAUUUGUGUAUCUAAAUAUAGAAAAGGUACAGUAAAAAUAUGGUCUACUAAGGAAA